AGUUCCCGGUUCUCCCCGUUUCCCCCGGUUCUCCCCGGUUCCCCGGUUCCCCGUUUCCCGGUGCCAGCCCCGCCAUGCCCUCCCCGUACCCGCAGCGAGCCCUGACGGUGCUGCUGCUCUUCGGGACCCUGUCCGCUGCCAUGGCCCUGCUCUCCUCCAGCCUCAUCUUCCAGCUGCCCUCGGCCCGGGCCGCUCCCGGUGCCGGUGCCGGUGCCGCUCCCGGUGCCGGUGCCGGUUCCGGGGCGCUCCCCGAGCCCGUGGCCGCCGCUCUGCUGCCGGUGUCGGCGGCGCUGGCCGCGCUCUGCCUGGUGCUCAACCUGAGCUGCCUCCUGCUCUGCCUCCUCCACGGCUACUUCAGCACCGAGCUGUGCCGGGGGCAGCCCGGGCCCGAGCGGGCAGACUGGUUCCUCCUGGACAGCCGCAGCGUCCGGCACGCGGCCAUCGGCCUCUUCUGCUGCGGCCUCUGCCUCUACCUCACAGCUCUGGCGCUUUUCACGCUGCUGCUCUUCCAGCUGGAGGCUGGAAUCGCCAGCGCCUGCAUCCUGACCUCUGGAAUUCUGGUCCUGCUCAUCUCCGUGCUCCACGCUCUGCUCCGCGCUUCCCAAAUUUCCCAAAUUUCCCAGCGGAGCCCCUCCGAGUCCCCCCAAGCCCUGUACGAGAACGAUUCCGCCCAGGCCGGCGACGCCCCGGACUUCAACAACAAAACCUCGGCUCCUCCUCGGGAAAUCCAUCGGGAAUUCUCCUUCCCGCCUUUCCCGGAGGGCAAAUCCCGGCCGGGCUCGGCCUCCAGCAGCAACCCGAGCUCAGCGGGAAGCCCCAGGAGCAGGGAAUUGCCGGGAUUCCAGCGGGAGCCCCGCCGCUGGUCCCGCACGCACAGGACGCUGGCGGCGGAUUCGGGGCUGCUCCGGGAGCAGGGAAAACCUUGGAAUGUCAUCACGAGGGAGAUGAGGAGCGUCAUGUCCCGAAAAGCCACGGGGAAGGACUCCACGCUGGUGUGA